UUUGCAAAUAAGGUUUUGAUUGGUCGAAUGAAAGAUCAACUGGACAUGAGCUCCAACGGACUGCUGUUAAGUCCACAUGUAAUAGUGGAGCUACUUUUAAUUAGAUUUUGCGAUAUCUGGAGUGGGGCUGUACAAUUUCUAGUUGUGUGGGUGCAUAUUCUCUUGUUGAGGAGCACAAGCCAGAUUUGUAUCUUUAUUUAUAUAAAGUAGAACAAAAAAACAAAUAUGCAUUUUCGUCCUCAAGUCAGGGGAUAGGGGUCACAGCCCUCUUCCCGGUUCCUACAGGCCUGUAUGUAUAUGCAUUUUGUUUAUUAGUUUUGUCAGAAAUAAAAAAUGUGUUACAUUAUGUGUCUUCAUUCUUUAAAUGUUGUUAAAACGUUUUAUAUAUUGCCUGAAUUUUAACAUUUUGUAAAUAAAAUAUAAUUUUACUGUGACAGUCUCUUUAUUUUAUAUGCAUACUCAUAUUUAUGUAACCAUUUUAUUUUUCUGUUCACUCGAGGUUGUUCGUUUAUGGUCAAAACAGUACAUUAAUUUAGUUUUAUUUAUUUUUUAGGCACAGCCUACAGUACAUAAAACAAAUAUCUUAAACCUCCACUGCACAAAAAAAAGUUCGUAAAAGUACAGUUAGACACACCUCAAACGUUUACAGAGUAUAUUGAUGUCUUCAUUCAAUAUUUCUUUAUUAUAAAUAUUUGUCAUGCUAUAUAAGGUGUUGGUUGUUGUUGGGAGUUUUUUGUGGGGUUUUUUUUUUUAAGAAAAUGUAUAAUGAAACUCAGUUGUUAUAGUCUAUUUGCGUUGGACGCUUGAGUAUAUAGAUGCAAGGGAGACAAUUAGCUGGAGUUAUUUGAUCUUGCUGUAAACAAUCUGCCGAGUGUGUACAUUUCAGGAUUAAUUAUUUUCGAUCAAUAAACAAUGGAUAAUUUAAAAAAUAUAGUUGAUCAGACAAUUGACAAGGCGAAAGAAGAAUUAAAAACAAUCAGCAAAUCUAUUUUUGAUCACCCAGAGCUUGGACAUGAAGAACAUUACGCGCACGAUCUCCUGUCUGAAUUUCUGUCCAGUAAAGGAUUCGUAGUGGAUAAACACUACAAGCUUCACACAGCAUUCAGGGCGGUGCACGACGGGGGUGUGGGUCCCAACCUUGCUGUUCUGUGCGAGUACGAUGCCCUAUCGGGACUGGGACACGCGUGCGGACACAACCUCAUAGCAGAAGUGGGCGUGGCCACAGCACUGGGUGUGAAGGCGGCGUUGGAGAAGGCGGGGAAGCCUCUGGGAAAGCUGACUGUCCUUGGGACGCCAGCAGAGGAAGGCCAGGGAGGCAAAAUUGACCUGAUCCAUUCCGGUGCAUUCGAUGGCAUCGACUGUGCCAUGAUGGCACACCCAUCACAGUUCACGUGGUCUAGACCAGUCUAUGUUGCCAUGAACGAACUCUCAAUCAAAUUCCUUGGUAAAGCUUCCCAUGCAUCCAGUGCUCCCUGGGACGGAGUGAACGCUCUGGAUGCUGCAGUUCAGUGUUACCAGAACAUCUCGUGUCUCAGACAGCAGAUGAAGCCCACGUGGAGAAUACAUGGUGUUAUAACAAAUGGCGGCAGUAAACCAAACAUAAUCCCAGAUGUCACAGAACUUCUGUAUUAUGUGCGAGCCCGAGCCCCGACCGAUCCAGAGGUUGAACAACUGAAGCUAAAGGUUGUUGAUUGUGUUGACGGAGCAGCAUUGUCAACAGGCUGCAAGGUAGAAUACGUCUUCAGUAAGAAUGGAUACUCGUCCCUAAUGUCAAACAAUGUUUUGGCCUCUUUAUUUGAUGAGAACGGCCAAGCGAUUGGGAUGAAGUUUGAGCAGGAUGAGAUAAGGCGUCGGAAAGCAGGAGGGUCCACAGACAUGGGAAAUGUAUCUCACGUUGUGCCAAGCAUCCACCCAAAUUUCUUCAUCGGAACUGCAAGUGGUCAUACUAAGGAGCUCGCUGUUACUGCCUGUUCAGAAUCUGCUCAGGAAAACACACUGUCCACUGCCAAAGCUUUAUCAAUGACAAUGGUUGACAUUUUUGAAAAUCCUGACCUCCUUCCACGUAUUCAGGAUGAAUUUAAGUUGCAGUUGGAGCAAGAGAAGAAUGUCUAACAGCUACACUGUAUAUGUUUAAAUAAAAUUAGGAGCAUGUGCAGGGAAUUGAAACCCCUCCCUACUGAAGUAGAUUUUCUUUUUUUUCCCAAUAUAUUUUCCGUUUUCCGGGGGAGCAUGACUUAACCUCCCUAUAAACAUUAGUCACCAAAGUCUAGACCCCUUCGCUCCUGCGAAAAUUCCUGUACAUGUGCUUGUAGUGGUGGUUGUGAAUAUACAAACAUCUGUCUUAUACAGUACAUGUUAGCAUGUAGUUCUUUAUUAUUUAAAGGCCUUUUCACACAUGGUUAUAUAUAUAUUUUUUAUUAUAUAUUUAUAUGACCUGAUUAUAUAUUAAAAUUACAUUAAUUUGUGAUACAAAUACCAAACCUUGCUAUUGUAUUAUCUAAAGUGUUUUAAUUGAAGCGUGAUGGAGGCUCAGGGAAUUUCACAUCAACAGACUUUGCAAAUUGGAAUUCUUCCAUGAGGUGUUCAGCAAUCUUAGUACGGGUCAAUUUUGUCUGAGCAACCUUGCCAUGAGUGAGAUGAUUGUCAAUCCUUUUACAGAUGGACAAAGCUGAUGUACAUUAUAUUUAUAUGCAUACUGGCAGAAACAUUUGUCAGUGCGCCCAAUAAAAGUAUCUCAAACCUA